AUGCUGAUUUUGCGCUUACGUGCCCGGGUUUUCACAUUGUUACGAGUGCCAUUUCUACCUCGUAAAGGGAUUUCGGGCGAAGAUAUACCGCCACUGUUCAAUUCUCCGCUCGAACUGAGCGAGUCGCGUAAUGAGGUAUUCAAACGAAUGUUCCGGCUCUGCUAUUCGCUGCUUAGGUUACUUAUUUUAUGUUCAAAAAUCAUCAUUCUUAAUCUGCGAUCCCGUAGUUCUUUCAGUUCUCAGUUGCCUUUGUUGUGCAUUGAUGCUGAUUGCUUUUGA